CUGUGCGUAUCUCUUUAAGGAGGUUGGGCCCCCGAAGGUUCCAAAGAACGUGACGUUGCACGUCUCCAGACCGGGAACAGGCUGUGCAUGUUCGCUCCAAACAGCUCUCUGCAACGGCUCACAGUCCAAAAGUGUUGCUAUCAUGCCUGCCAGAAAGACCACUACCAAGAGAAAGUCUGCAGAUAUUGUAGAAGAUGAUAAAGACUCCAAAAAGCAGAAAGUUUCACACGGGAGUCAUUGCAAAGAGGUGGGGCAGGUUCUUGUUUUGGGCCAGGGUGAUGUUGGACAGUUGGGUUUAGGCGAAGAUGUCAUUGAAAGGAAGAAGCCAGCACUUCUGUCCCUGCCAGAGAAAAUUGUGCAGGUGACAGCUGGAGGCAUGCACACCGUGUGCCUCAGUGAAACUGGAAAUGUUUACACUUUUGGCUGUAAUGACGAAGGAGCCCUUGGUCGGGACACAUCAGAGGAGGGGUCUGAGAUGGUCCCUGGAAAGGUGACGCUGAAUGAGAAGGUGAUCCAGGUAUCAGCGGGGGACAGCCACACGGCUGCGCUCAUGGAGAAUGGAUCGGUGUACAUCUGGGGCUCCUUCAGGGAUAAUAAUGGCGUCAUUGGUCUUCUGGAGCCCAUGAAAAUGUGUCCCCUUCCAGUCAAAGUCCCCUUAACAGAACAUGUUGUGAAAAUAGUUUCAGGUAAUGAUCACAUGGUGAUGGUGACGCUGGAGGGAAACCUUUACUCUUCAGGCUCAGCUGAGCAGGGGCAGCUGGGAAGGGUGCCUGAGCACUUUUCAAACAGAGGAGGCAGGAAAGGUCUGGAGCGGCUGCUGGUUCCACAGAUGGUAAAAGUCAAAGGGAAAGUUCACUUCAUUGAUGCCUUCUGUGGAGCGUACUUCACAUUUGCUGUGUCAAAAGAGGGGCAUGUGUAUGGAUUUGGCCUCUCAAACUAUCACCAGCUGGGCACCAAAAGCACCAAGAUGUGUUUUGUUCCUGUGAAGCUUACAUGUUUUAAGAACUCUACCACCGCCUGGGUAGACUUCUCUGGAGGACAGCAUCACACACUUUGCCUUGAUGCUGAUGGGCAGGUAUAUAGCCUGGGCAGAGCAGAGUAUGGUCGUCUUGGUCUGGGAGAAGGGGCUGAAGAGAAGAGCGAGCCCACACCUGUGAUGGGGAUGGGGCCGGCUAAAGGAGUGUCAUGUGGGGCGUCUGUCAGCUUUGCAGUCACCAGAGAAGGAUCUGUGUAUGCCUGGGGCAUGGGCACCAACCUGCAGCUUGGCACUGGAGAGGAAGAUGAUGAGUGGAGUCCUGUGAAGAUGACAGGCAAACAGCUGGAGAAACGUGAAGUACUGAUGGCAUCCAGUGGAGGGCAGCACACGGUCCUUUUGGUCAAAGACCAGCAGGAAAGCUGAUGUCCUUCACUAACAGAGAGUGAAGGGGGAGUUUCGAGGUGGGGCCACGUUCAGGGUGCCAAAAUCAGGGGAGGGGGGUGAUUAUAUAAAACUUCCCGUGCUGAGCCAAGGGAGCGUGAGAGGUGUAUGACAGAGGGUGAGGAGACAUUUGUCCUCUUUUAUGGGAGCUCCUCUGCCCUUGGCAUGGAGAAGCUGUUUUUGGUAGAUCAUGACAAAUGAGAGACUAUUUUUUUAAGGCUAGUUUUUGACAGUCCUUUAAAUUCUUUUCAUCAGGUUGUUUGUAUGACUGCAAAAUGUGUGAUUAGAAAUUUGACUGUGCAUGUACAUAAAUGAAAUGACUGCAGGAUGUUUAAGGACAUAGUCUUUUUUUUUUUUUUAAUGUUUUCUUUAAAGCAAUAAGUAGAUUAGACCUUUGUCAGACAGAACCUUUAUGCCCGGUGAGUUUAACAUGUGUGACUACUGUUCGUUUUACCCACUGCACACAAAAUUGUUGUAACUAUUCUGUGACACAUACCGUAUCCUGUAUUUUGUUGCAUUUCCUGUCUGAAAAAUAAAGCUGAUUAGUUUUUAAAAAAAAAAAAUACAAUCAGUAUUUCAUGU